UUACAAUGGUAGAAGAUAUUGUAAGAAAGGAGCAUGCCACUUCUCCCAAUAAGCCCAUCUAUCUAUUGGGGAAUUCUUUCGGAGGAUGCCUUGCACUUGCAGUAGCUUCUCGUAAUCCACACAUUGAUUUGAUACUGGUGCUAGUAAAUCCAGCAACAUCAUAUGAGAAGUCAGGCAUACAGCAGCUUCUAUCGUUUUUCAGUCUGUUCUCAGGUCAAGCCUGUAUGGCAAUUACAGCUCUAUUGAACUACAACAUCGACAAUGAAGUGCACAUGGCAGUGAGUAGCAUGAUAAAUGGGAAGCAUCCUUUAGCAGCACUGAACAGAUUGACAAGUAACAUGUCAUCUUUCCUGAAGCAUUCAAACAUACUGGACAAGAUACCUGAGGAUACACUGAAAUGGAAAAUGAAGCUGAUCAAACGGGCUGCCUCUUAUGCCAAUUAUCGUCUACAAUCAGUUCAAGCUGAAGUGCUACUGCUUGCCAGCUGUGGUGACAAGUUACUUCCAAGCAAAGCUGAAGCUGACAGAUUACAGAACCUGCUACCAAAAUGCAAAGUCUAUUUUUUUGACAAGCAUGGGCACAGCUUACUGUUGGAGUACGGUGUUCAUGUCGCAUCCAUCAUUAAGUGCACCGAUCUCUACCGCCAUUCAAGGCGGCACCACCGGGUUUUCGACUACAUCCCUCCAUCUGCGACUGAGCUGAAUGAAGUAGACAAAGCUACCCGUGAUCUCAGAUUCAGGACCUGCCCAGCGAUGUACUCCACUUUGGAAGACGGCACGGUUGUGAGGGGUCUGGCCGGAGUACCCCAAGACGGCCCUGUGCUUCUCGUCGGCAACCACAUGCUUCUGGGGAUCGAGCUGAUCUCGCUUGCAGCAGAGUUCCUGCGCCUGAAGGGGAUCGUCGUGCGCGGCAUCGCGCACACGCUGCUGUUCCCAAACAAGAAAAGGGCGUGGUCGGAGGGCCACGACUUCUUCGACUUCCUCAACCUGUGGGGUGGCGUGCCCAUGAUGUACAAGUACAUCUACCAGCUGCUGAGCGCCGGCGAGUUCGUGCUCCUCUACCCCGGCGGCCACCGGGAGGCGCUCCAUUGCAAGGGGGAAGAGCAUAGGUUGUUCUGGCCAUCUCAGGCCGAAUUUGUCAGGCUGGCAGCACAGUUUAACGCUACAAUUGUGCCUUUUGGAGUCGUCGGAGAGGAUGAUCUGCUAGAACUGCUUUGUACCUUCGAAGAUAUCCGGAGUGCACCCUUUGGUAAGGAAAUGAUGCAAGCGUAUAGCAAUCAUCUGAAGCUAAGGGAGGACGUUGAUCAUGAGGUGUUCUUCCCGGGUCUGUAUCUGAAAAUGCCAGGACGGUUCUAUUACCAGUUCGGGAAGCCGAUUCCAACGAAGGGCAGGCAGGACGUCCUGACUGAUAAGCAGGCUGCGAAUGAUCUCUACAUGCAUGUUAAAUCGGAGGUCGAGCGUAUCAUCUCGUACUUGUUGGAGAAGAGGAUGGAGGACAAGUACAGGAGCCUCAUCCCAAGAAUGUUGUACCAAGCUGCUCGGGGGCCAACCUGCGAGGUCCCGGCGUUUGAUCCCUGAAUGUCCGGUUACGUGAAUUGUUCUGAUUUAGCUGGUCAUGCUUGUUUUGCAUGUGUUGUAGUCAAGGAAAAAUUUCUCGGCGAGAAUUUUCCGAGAAAACCGAAAAUCCUGUUUCUCGGCGGGGUCCGGUUUUUUUACUUAUCGCCCGAAAUUUUCGGCCCUUUUGAAUAUCCGCCCAAACUAAAUUGGUGCAGCCAAAUAUCAGGCCACCCCGCUGCCUCCUAACACUAAAUCUUAUUCAUAUUCCAUUCCCCAUCUCUCUCGGUCCCUCCACGACUUCAUAGGAAGCCAUGGCGAUAGCGGUGGCCAUAUUAAACAGACUGUUUGUUGUGGCAAGAAAGUCAUAUUUAUAUGUAUUGUUGUAUCUUGUUUAUACUAUUAGAUUGUUUGGAAAUAAUCUAGGUUACUUCCUGCAUAAA